AUGGUGCGUCGUGGCAUGGCGCUCGACAGCCUAUCUCGUUCCCCCCAUGAUCAACUUCGAGUCUUCGUUUCAUAUCUUUAUCAAGCCUACAUUGAUUCUCUUUUGUUCGAACAGAGAUAUCUCGUUUUCUUUACCAUUCGUACAACUCUAAAGCAUGGAUAUCACCAAAGAUUCCCGCUCGACGUUUCUCAUUUCGUUGCAAAUCCCUCUAACCCUACAAAUAAUUACAAUCGCCGUGGUCUUUACUACUCUAUGCUGUGCCUUUCAGCGUCUAUACUUCCAUCCGCUGUCCAAAAUCCCAGGACCAAGGCUAGCUGCCGCAACUUCCUGCAUCCUUCAGAUUCUUCGGUCAUCCGAAUUGCUCCCAAUCAUGUCCAUGUCAAUGAUCCGGACUUUUUUUCAAAGUAA